AUGUCCCACGAUGUGCAACGGGAGAACGGCUGCCCCGGUAUAGUUUAUCACGAGAACGGAUACGCAGAGACCACCGUUAUGCAUCCCGGCGACAUGUACAUCACGAAAAAAUGGUCCGAGUGCUCUCGGCAGUACCUGCGCUCGUACAUCGAGCAAGGUUUGGCAUUUUGCUUAGAGGACGAGCCACAAGAUCAUCAUUUUCCCACCGCGGAGAUGUUGCCGGGCGUGAUGUAUAACGGUGACGAUCAAUGCCGUUUACAAUAUCGAUCAGAUGCUCGGCAAUGCGAAAUGGGGAUCACUUGCGAAACCCUCAGGUGCGCUAUUCCGGGUAGAGGUUGCGUGUCUAGCAGGAAACCACCUGCGGAGGGCACCUCGUGCGGUGAGAAAAGGUGGUGUUACCAAAUGAAAUGUCUAAUGGUGGGAGAACGACCUGGAGCAAGAGACGGCGGUUGGGGAGCCUGGUCCUCUUGGAGCAAGUGUUCUCGUACCUGCGGCUCCGGCGUGGCAUACGCCGUAAGAAAAUGCAACCAGCCCUCCCCAUCUAGAGGCGGCUCUUAUUGCGUCGGCGACAGGAAACGUCAUAAAAUCUGCGCCACAAAUCCUUGCGAAAUCGGCGCGCCAUCGUUUCGUGACGUACAGUGCGCUGAAUUCAACGACUGGGUAUUUCCGGAGGAUGGAAAAAUUCAUCAAUGGAAAGCGUAUAAUUUACCAGAAAGCUUGAAGAUGUCUGAAAAUCCCUGUGCUCUUUAUUGCAUAAGCGAAACUAAUUUGAUGACCUCGUUGAGACCAAAGGUAAUAGACGGUACCACGUGCUACAGAGGCAUUCGAGAUAUUUGUAUCGGGGGUGUAUGCAAGGAAAUACCCUGUGAUUUACAAAUGGAAUCAACCGCCGUCGAAGACGUUUGCGGAGUUUGUAGAGGUGACAGCACAUCGUGCACGUUAAAGCAAGGGACAUUAUCGUUUAUAGCUCAAACAGGACUCAAGAAGAUAACGGAUAUACCGACCGGAGCUAGAAAUAUCCGCGUCGAGGAGGCGGAACCGACAAAAUCUAGAAUCGUGGUGCGCACUAAAAAGACGAAAACCGUAUUAAUUGACGGUAAUCGCUUAGGAAUGUUCAAUGUGCCAGGCUCUAAGGCGUGGCUAGGAAUGAUAAGACCAAGGCAAGAAGCUUUAAAUAUACCAGGACCUGUCACCGAGGACUUAGUUAUAUUGGUUUUUCCAAAGGAGAACGUCACGUUGAAAUACUCAUUAGGAUUGAAGCAACGAACGCCUCGCAAAGCCGCGUUCUCUUGGGACUUCAUCGACUGGGAAAAAUGUUCGGCAGAUUGUGGCCCGGGGGAGCAGAUAUCGAAACCCCGUUGUAUAGAAAAAAUCGGUGGACUAGUAGAUAAUAAAUUUUGCAAAAACAUUAAUAAGCCAGACGCAAAGGUCAGAUCAUGCAAUCAAGCUCCCUGCAUACCGCGGUGGAUCAUUGGCGACUGGCAAGGUUGCACGCCGUGCACGCCAGGCUGCGAGAGAAGGAGGCGCGCUGUCAAAUGUAUGCGACCCGUCGGCCGUGGCGAGCAGGAUGCCGACGUGAUCGAGGACAGCUACUGCCAAGGACCGAAGCCGAGGGAGUCGGAGUCCUGCGAAACCAAGCGACGAAGACGAGAAGAUAGAAGUGCCGCCGACGGCAAACAUGGGCUCUCUUCCGCUCGUUCGAGCACGUUAACGCGACAAAACGACUUUAUUAAAUCCGUUCGAGAGUCUAAGACGCCUUUAAGUGGCGUCGUACAAGAUCGACAUCCGAAUGACUUGUCCGUAUCGGCAAGACAGACUAGGAAUCCAACCAAUCUUUCUUAUUUAAUCGACACCGGAUAUGUUAAUGCACUUUCGAGUAAGACGAAUUUAAUUCUGGAUGGCUCGAUUCGAAAUUUGACUAAGGCGAAUCAAGAUCACUCUCAGAUCGAUAAAAGAUCAAAGAGUAUAUCGAAUUGUGAAAAGGAACAAAUUAAUGUAAAUAAGAUUAAGAAAAACGAGAUAGUGAUUGAUAAAGAGGACAUACAGAACGUGACACUUACGAUUAUUCUAGAACGCGAUGAGAAAAAUGUUGUCACAAAUUUUCCAAAGGAUUUUGAGCCUCAGCCGCCGGAAAACAGCACGAAAUUUACUUUGGUCGGUAUGGAUGCUCUCAGAUACGUACAAAGAAUUCAAGGGGAAGGUCACGCGUCUUUCUGA